AGUCUGCUUCGCCGCCGGCGAAGAAAUUUACAAGCUUUUCCGGUAACGCAGCUUCAGCUCCGAUCAAGCUAUGCACUCUUUCACUAUCCUCUCUCAACCCUCGACCGCUUCUCUAAAUCCUUCUCUAACCUCAAAUCUCAGACCUUUCUAUCCAUGUCUUCGAAAACAAAAUCCAACCCUGUUUUCUCGCCGGAAAAUGGCUAGAAUAGGACUAUGCAGGGCAGAACUGUCACUUGACGCGCCAUUUGCGGCGGCGAUAUGUGGCUGCAUUCUCAAUUCGUUCGUUUUCCCGAUCGUUCCAUCUAUUGAAGAGGAGGAGGAAGAUCAAUCAUUGAUUGAUUCAACUGACACUAGGUUUGCUGCUAUGGGGAUCAUUAGUCUCAUCCCUUACUUUAACUGGAUGAGUUGGGUGUUUGCGUGGUUGGAUACUGGGAAAAUUCGAUAUGCGGUUUAUGCUCUUGUUUAUCUUGCUCCUUAUUUAAGGUCAAACUUGUCUAUAUCACCUGAAGAUAGCUGGUUGCCUAUUGCUAGUAUUAUCUUGUGCAUCAUCCACAUCCAGCUUGAAACAAGCAUUAAAAAUGGGGACAUUCAAGGUUUUCAAUUCUUUGGUAAGUCUGCAAAACAUUUUUCAUCAUUCAAUCUGCAUAAUCAUGAAGAUGAUGAAGAUACAAAGAACUAGAAUGAGUGAAUGCAACUAAGAACAAAUAUUUUCUUUAUGUUUUUGUCACAAUAGUAAAAAAUGCUUUAGUCAUAGACUAUUCAUGUUCAACCUUACAUAUAUAUGUUUCUUAAUUUUCAAAUCUUUAUAUUAUUAUAAAGAUUGUGUUACUAGUAUUAUGUAUUUAAAUGUUAAAAACUUUGUAUUUUUAUCAUAUAUAGACUUUUCAUAUAUUGGACAAAAUUCUUUUAUA